CAACUGCAAUGAUAUCCGUGACUUUGGGAAAGCCAUGACGGCUCGUGCCCUGUGGCCGGCCGUGAAGGCCCUGUCGUUGGACGUGACCGGUACGCUGCUGGUGCACAGGUGGCCCAUCCACGAGAGCUACGCCGCCUGCGCGGCCUGGGGGAAGUUGGAGGAUCCGCCCAGCGCGGAGGAGCUGAGACCUGCUUUUAAGGAAGCAUUUCGAGAGACUUCUCAACUUUAUCCCUGCUUCGGGCAUGAGGAAGGCAUGUCCUCGCGCGCUUGGUGGGCAGCAGUUGUCAAAAACACCCUGCGGCACUGCGGCCGGGACUAUAGCAACGCGGACUUUGAGCGUUUCUUCCAGCGCGUCUAUCAGCACUAUGGCACCCUGGAGGCCUACGAAGAACUGAAGGACGCCAAGGGUUUUUUGGACUGGGCCAAGCAGCAGGGCCUAGCCAUCGGUGUCACUACCAACAGUUGCUCGCGAACGAUUGACAACACAUUGCCCAUGCUCGGGUUUCACGACCAUUUCAGGUGGUUCGUGUGCAGUGGCCAAGUGGGCACUGAAAAACCCGACCCCUGGAUCUUUGUGGAGACUCACCGGCAGGCCAGCUUUUGGGUUGAAGGCAUCAAACGAGAGGAGGUCCUGCACAUCGGGGACAGCCUGGCAGCGGAUUUCUGUGGUGCUCGAGCAGCAGGCCUUCAGGCGGUGCUGCUGGAUCGCAGUGACAACGCCAAAGUGAUGCAGUACCAGGACUGGCAUCAGGGUCCUGAUUAUCCUGGAAAGAGCGAGGAAGAUGUCAAAGCCUGGACGUUGAAGAACUUAGGGGAAGUGAAGGAUUUGUUGCAGCGGAGCAUCAUCCAGCAGCUGCAAUGAGAGGGACAGAUGGUUGACAGGUCCUAAAUAUUCCUGGGCGUGCAAAAUUUUUGUCAUCUCUAAGAGCUCCAAGACUGGCUGAUCUUAUUAUGAAAAUCAGCUUUUGUAUCUCUGAUCAAAGAAUCUUAUUCGAGAACACUGGCCCGAAAGAAGCUGGCAAUUUUUAAAUCAUUUCAAUGUUAGCAAUGUGGAAUGAGGAUUGAUCAAGAAUGCAUCCACGCUCGCCGCUCGCAAAACCUGGC